AUGGACUCUUCCCUAGCUACAGCUAUGGCUACACUGCUGGAGCCCACUAUCGCAGAUGAUACGCCCGCUUCAAUCACCAUGAGUGGUUUCGACUCUACUCGCUUCAUCAAUCACGACAUUGACUUUGCAUACCAGCAACACCACGACUCGGAUGCCCUUGGAUUCCGCUUCACACUGUCAAGCACGGACAACACAGACAACCUGGGAGACCCCAUGAACACCCCUGGCGUAGUCAAUAUCACCGUGCCUAUCAAGGCCUUCAUCAGUACGGUCCAGUAUCCCUCCGAACCCGAGGCUAUCAAAUAUGGCAAUCCAGCCGUUCCUUACUUCUCCCUCAGAAGGUCGGGGGACAGUUCUGCCUACGUGAUAGGACGGUCAUUUUUCCAAGAGGCUUACCUCACGGAAUAUGUUCGCGCAACCUUCUCCAUACACCAGGCGUUGUUCCCUGACGGGUCGAAUGAGGCUGCUGUCCUCGAGACAAUUGAGCAGCCAGACGGCAGCCCAUAUCCACCACCCAAGUCACGCCAUGAUGACCUGAGCACAGCCACUAUUGCUGGGAUUGCCGUGGGCGCUGCAGUCGCAGUGCGCAGGCCGAUUGACCCGUCCAGAAUUGUGUUUUGGGGACCGCUGCCCGACAGUGUGUAUCUUCCGCAUGGACACCCCGAAGCCUCUGGUGGUGGUACAGCACAGAACGGCUCGCAUGAUGGAAUACUGGGAAGCAACUACACUGAAGAGGAGGAGACGAUGCUAGCUUUGCGGGACCAUGUGAACUAUAGGGCGGAGACACCUCCUGUAUCGCCGGGGGCAGAUGGACAUGGGGAUGAUGCUUCUGGUGGCGGAGGGAUGGAGUUUGUGCGCGUGCCGCAGAUGGCCGCAAGGAGAUAG